AUGGCUGCCCGUGCGUUGCACGGGUUCGGCGGAACAUCAUGUGUAUAUCAAUCAUGGAUGCAACGUGCCAAUGAAAUUAGUCAUAAUCAUAUGGAAAUCAUUUGGGGGAGCAUCAUUAUAUAUACCAAUCAUGGAUACUAUGAGCAAAGGAAAUUAGUCAUAAACAUAUGGGAAUUAGAUGUCAGUGUUGCCAUAGACACUAUUACAUCAACUCAGUUUAUCAAGGACCCUGAAACUCUAUGCUCCAAGAGUGGUAACUUCACUUUAGGCUUCUUUAGCCCUGAAAAUUCGACCAAUCGCUAUGUUGGAAUUUGGUGGCAGCCACAGUUCACAGUUGUAUCGGUGCUUAACAGAGACCAACCUCUCAAAGAUUCUUCUGGUGUUGUUAAAAUAUCUGAUGUUGGUAAUAAUCUUGUGGUACUCAAUGGAAAGAAAGAGGUGAUUUGGACAUCAGAUGUGCCAAAUAUCGCAACCAAUUCAAGUUCCAUACUUUUGGAUUCAGGCAACCUUGAUCAUGUUCCAAAUAACAGAGAAUUUGUCUGUAGUCUUAUUCUUUACAUCACUUCAAAUGCAAGAGAGAUUCCACAAGAGUUUGGAGAUUUUAAGAAUCUCACAGAACUUGCUCUUUAUGAUAACAAACUCACUGGUUUUCUUCCUCAGAAACUUGGUUCUUGGGUUGGAAUGGCAUUCAUAGAUGUUUCAGAUAAUUCACUUUCUGGUCCUAUACCACCUGAUAUGUGCAAGAACAACCGAAUCGAUCUUAUAGCCUUGUUAAAUAACAGUUUCACAGGAAAUAUACCAGAAAAUUAUGCAAAUUGCACUUCUCUGGUUCGGUUUCAAGUAAGCAAGAAUUCACUUUCUGGUGUUGUUCCUAAAGGUAUAUGGGGCCUACCAAAAUUGGAAAUUUUUGAUGUUGCAAGGAACAAAUUUGAAGGUUCUAUUUCAUCUAAUAUUGGAAAGCUAAAUCUCUAG